AUGUUGCUGAAAUUACAACCUCGCAUCUUCUGGGCAUUGACUCGAGCAAGUUGGCAAUCCGCGAUUCUCAUUCUCAUUUAUUGUCGUCGGACGACUACAACGGUCGCGAAAUAUGUGCGCAAUGUCGAGCCGAAGACGAUUAUAUGGAUCGAUUGCGACGAAAAGCUGACGAGAAGAAUCUACGAUCACGAGAUGCACGAGAAGGAAGCCGCGUUCAAAAAGGGACCACUAAACGCUUGGUGCCAAGAGGUUCCGUGUGCUUCAGGAGAACCCGAUACGCAGCACCUCGGAAGCGGCCUUCGAUCGUCCGACGACUUGGACGCAUGCGACGACGUCUUGCCGACGAUGCGCCUGCUGUGCAAGGCCGCUGGAGCGCAAUAG